CUCCAACACCAAAUGCUUCUAUUUUACCAUACUACCUAGCCAUACCUUAUUCCAAUGUUACCCAAACAAUGGCCGCAUACCUAUCUUUGCCCGCAUUCCAAGAGCUUAUCGAGUUUGUGGGGAGCGAUUCCGCCUAUGAGAACUCGGUAAAGGCAUUAGCAAGCUCAAUGCUCAGUUACUACUUCCCCAUCGCCAAUGGCUGGAUUAUUGCGCCAAAGCAAAACCGAAACAACCACUUGGCGGACUUCAUCGUUCUUCGGGUGCAACGAAGUUUUCCAGGAAGCAGAAAUGUGAUUGAUCAUACUGUGGCCGAAGCGAAGAAGGAAGUGGACGAUAUAGACGGUGCUAUGAAACAGCUCGAAGAUGCCCUUGAGCAUACGAACACGGAAUUUGGGCGGUGUUGGGGUAUCCUCUUUCACGGCUUGGAUGUUCUGUUCUUUGAAUAGCACAAGCAUCUUCCCGUGGAUUACCGGCUCAUUCCUACGGGUCCCCCUUCUCAGCCAUGCAGGGACAGAUUCUAUGUGCGGAUUGAUAGCGUUUCAGUUGAUGAAAUGUUGACGCAUAUGCUUCAACAUGAGACCCCAAAUUCUCGCUAAAAUUUCAAGCGCCA